GAAUGAACGUGACCAGACAAUAGAACAAAAAUAAUGUGUCGUAAAUGCCUGGAAUAAUUAUUAUUGUGUGGUCCCUUUAAAAUUUAAAUAUCCUUGAGAUUUUAUGUUGGUUUAAGUUCAAUUCCGGUGCAAUUGAUGCAGAAGUACGAUGUCGGGGGAACGGUGCAUAUCGAAACAUGUCAAGUUUAGCGAAAUCAGCGCCAUUCUGGAGAAACUGAAGGCGGCCGGGACGUCAUCGAGCAAAAGGGACGAAAUUCUACGCCGGUACUUUGGAUCGUUUGAGCAAUUUCGGAGGGAAUUUCGCCAGAAGUAUGGUGCUGAUACGAAAACCAGCAUCUUCCCUAUCCUGCGGUUGCUGCUGCCGGUCGCAGAUCGCGAGCGCGAUUCCUACGGCAUUCGGGUCAGAACCCUGCGAGACCUGUACAUCAAGAUCCUCGGCAUCAGCGAGACGAGCAUCGAAGCGCGCAAAUUGUCCGGGUUCGACGAAUCGGGCACCGGCAGCAAUGGCAGCAGCGGAGGCGACUUCGCCGAUCGGAUAUUCACCCUGAUGCGGGGUCGUUGCCCCCAGGAGUGCCUCAUGACCGUCUGGGAUGUCAACCGGCGGCUGGACGCCAUGGGGCAACACUAUCAGAACGGACACCGGGGCAAAUCGCAGGACGAGUUGAUAGAGAUGGUGCAGGGUAUGACGCAGUUGGACCAGAAGUGGCUGAUUAGGAUUAUACUGAAGAACUUGCGGCUGGGCAUGAGCCAGCAGAAGCUCCUGGGGCUGUAUCAUCCGAAGGCGAGUGCGUUGUUCGACAGGGUGAGCCAUUUGUCGAAGGUUUGUGAGACGGUGGAGAACGGCGAAGCAUUGGACGAGAUUGGUGAGCCGGGCGUAGGAAUGGCUGUGCGGUUGUUCAACCCAGUAAAGCCGAUGCUGUGUCAGAGAGUAGAUUUGAAGCUGGUUGAUGGAAUGAUAAAGAAGGAUGAGUUUUGGUUGGAAACUAAAAUGGAUGGCGAACGGUUCCAAGUCCACAAGGAAGGUCAGAUUUUUAAAUAUUUCUCUCGUAACAGCUAUGAAUACAGUCAUGUGUUUGGAGAGAACGUGAACCAUCGUGGGUCAACUUUGACUCCGUAUUUAAGCCAUCUCUUGGCCGCAAAUGUACAAAGCGUGAUUCUGGAUGGAGAGAUGAUGGUUUUCGACAAAAGUGAACUAAUCUAUCGGGAUAAAAGCGAAAACACUGAUGUCAAAGCUAUCAAAGCGGACAAUCCAGCGCUGCGGCCGUGCUUCGUUGUAUAUGAUGUAUUAUUUUUGAAUGGCAAAAGCUUGAUAAUGGUACCUUAUGCGGAACGGAUACGCCUUUUAGGGACAAUUGUGAAAGAAAAAAUAGGGUUUCUAGCAAUUUGUCAUCGAACUAAAGUGAAAAACAGCGAACACCUUGUAGACCUAUUGAAUCAGGCAAUAGAUGCCCAUCAGGAAGGAGUUGUCAUCAAAAAAGAGAACUCUGCUUACAGUCCAAAUGAACGGAACGCCGGAUGGUACAAAAUCAAACCGGAUUAUAUCGACAAUAUGGUAUCUGAUUUCGAUUUGUUGAUCAUCGGAGGUUUCUACAAUUACAAAAAAACGUUCAUCAACACUUUUCUUGUCGGGGUCAUGGACGAUCGCGACAAGGAAAAUCCUACUUACCUUGCAGUAACCAAGGUCGGAAUUGGUCUCUCCGUGGACCAAUGGAAGCAGCUGAACAAUUCGCUCCGUCCGCAUUGGCAAGAGGUACUCGCCAGAAAAGAAGGCCGUUCAACUGUUACCGAAGAACCGCCCGAGCUACGGUGGGGCCAAACACCACCGGAUGUUUGGAUACCUCCCAAGCAAUCCAUCGUCCUGCAGCUAAAGGGAUCCGAGCUGGUGCAAAGUUCGUCCUUCGCAACGGCUUACACGAUUAGAUUUCCCCGCAUCACCGCGCUACGUAGCGAUAAAAGUUAUUCCGACGUAACCAGCAAAGACGAGUAUGAUCAGCUAUGCUCGGCCAAUACCAAGGUGGCAAAAUUAGCCAAGCGUCACGUAACUGUAGAUGAUCUUGCGCCAGGAAUCCAUGAUUCACCAGGUAUUCCAGGGCGGAAGCGGAGAAAACAAUCUCCUUUGCAACGCACCCGCCCCACAAGGCUUCAUCCCGGUGUGACUCUGACGGACAACGAUCAAUCGAAGGUAGAACUCAUCGACAGUGUCUGCUCGGGAUUAGAUUUUUGUGUUCUCAGUUCAUCCAAAGGUCAACCAUCAACAACCGAGCUGGAAUUGAUAAUACGCCGCCACGGGGGACGGAUUGUCAAAAAUCCUGGUCCAAAAACGUACCUCACGAUCGCUGGCGAUCGCACCUUCUUGGUUGAACGAAUAAUCGAAAGCCAAGUAUAUAACAUUGCAACGGUGGACUGGCUCCUACGUGCCCUCGGUGGAUCUGAGAAGAAAGAAAAGCUGCUUGUGUUGAAACCUAACGACAUGCUCGCCACAACCGCCGCAUUUCGCGAAGAAAUGGCCGACAGUUUCGAUCGGUUCGGCGACUCUCUGACGGUCAAAAUAUCGGACCCCGAAGAAAUGCGAGCUCUUUUGAAGCAGAUGACACUGGACCAAAUGCAACUGUCAGUGCAAGAAAUUCAAGAAGGGCAAAAGGAAAUUCUGGGUACCCGUUCCGGGUUCCGGAUAUUCCAAGGGCUUGUCGGGUGCUUGUAUCGGGAAAAUUUAAAAACGGACCUCAGCGUGUACAAGGCCAAGUUCCAGAUGUUGAAGUUUGUUCGAGACGGUGGACAGUGGUUGAGUGAUUCGACCGCGAAAGGUGUAACAACUGUGUUUGUGAUAAUCAAUGAAUGUUUGGAUAGAGAACAUUUGAAGCAAUGGGCGGAUAAUGUUAGCAAGCAAAGUACGAGUGUGCAUGUGCUUAAAAUUGAUUGGAUAGAUUGUAGCCUGCGUGAAAAACGUAGAUGUGACAACCAGUUAUUCAGUGUUUUGUAAAUCUGUUAGAAUGUUAUAUUCAAAUUAUAUUUUACACUUGGAUCAGUUUAUACGAAAAUAUAUUUAGCUUUGUUAAGUGUG